AUGUCUGGAUAUAACAGAAGAUUACCACAACAUCCUAGAGCAGGCCCCUAUCAUUCCACGAAAUAUUCAGGCUAUAGCUAUAGUAGUAAUAAUUCUAAUAACAGUGGUAGUGGUGAUAAUUUAAAUUGUAAUCAUAAAAGUUCAAGAUCCAAUUACCAUAAUAGUAGUGGCUACAGGAAUUAUCAUGUAUCUCCCACACAAUCAUAUAGCAGAAAUUAUGUUCAUCCCUCUUCAAGAUCAUCAGGAUUUAAUAAAAAUUACCCCACUGUAUCAGAUAAUCCUAGUGAUAGCUCUCAUGUUUUAUAUCAUUCACAUUCUUCUACAUACGAUCAUAGUUUCAACAGUUAUAAUAACAACUCAUUCCCACGUCAUCCAAAAGGAACUAGAUAUUCAUAUUAUGAAACAAGAUCUCAAAAUAUGGGAAGUUUUCAAGAUUCUGAACCUUCCAGAUAUCAACAAUCUUCAAGGUAUCAUGUAGAUACUUCUGCUGAUCUUGUUAAUGGAAUUAGUUCUAGUAAAUCUGCCAAAUCACAAUCAUUACCUACAAAUCAUCACGCAGAUACUUUAGCAGAGGAUAAAAUAAAUAUUGUAUUAAAAUAUGAUAAAGAAUAUUUCAACACUAAAUAUCAUUAUAUGGAUCCAAAAACCAAUAAACUUGUAAAUACUAAUGAUUUUCAUAAUUGGAAUAAGUCAAAACAAUUCCCUAUAAAUGGAUUUGUUAACUUAACACCGGAUGGGAAAUUGGCUCAUGAUUCUAAUAGUUGUAAAUCAUAUAUGAUAAAUCCUAAACAACCUAGCGUAGAUCCUCGUGAAAAAGAUGUUAACCUUUACUUGAAUAAAGUUAAUAGGACGAAAAGAAAAUACCAACCCGCUUUGGCUAUUAUUGGACGUGUGUCAUAUGAUAAAUAUUCAAUUGGACCACCACCUUCAUCUGAAAUACUAGUGUAUCCAUGCAAUCAGAGCGAUAAUUCUAAUUUAAUUAAUAUACUGGACAUUUCAAUAAAAAAUUAUUUUAAGAAAUUUGGACCUAUAUCACACUUUGAAUCAUAUAAUGAUCCGAAUAAUGCAUUACCAUUACAUAUAUAUUUAAUUAAAUUUACAAGCCUUCAUGAAAAGAUAAACGACUCUGCUAAGGCAGCAUAUAUGGCUGUAAAGAGGCAUGAAAAUAAAGGUUGUAAUAUCAUGAAUUGUCAUUUUAAAGUUGUGAUAAAGAAAAAUCAAGAACAAUUGGAAUUUAUUAAAGAAAAAUUUAUUGAAGAAAAUACAAGGAAAUCCAAAUUGAGCGCAUUAAAAUUAAAAACUAAUCAAACAAUUGUGAAGGUUAAUUCAAGUGAAAAAAAAGUGAAUUUGCCGACAGAUUCUCGUUCAUUGAUCCUAAAUGGAAAAUCAGUGGACUUGGAUCUAUCUAAGUUGUCGUUCGAUGAAAAACAUAAGUUGUUUAGAGAUUUGUCAAAGGAGCAUAACAGAAGCAAUAAGAGAAUGCCUUUUGAUAUAGAAAGGAUUGUGGGCAAUAAAGCAUGUUUAUUUAUUUCAAUAAAUUUUCUUGGAUAUCAUGGUAUUACUAAGGAGGAUUUAGCUUACAAAUUAAGGCAAUAUAAAGUUGCUCGUUUUAUUAGGCAUAGUACAGGACUUUACAUUAUUUUUAAUGAUAUUGGAGAAGCGAUUAGAUGCAUUAACAGGGAGUCUGGAAAAAUGACAAUUACUUCUCGUGGGUAUAGAAGAAUUUCAAUUAUUGUUAGAUUUACUUUGAUUCUGCCAGUUUUAAUUCGUUCAAGAUUUUCAGGUUAUAGCAUAGAUCUAUCAAACAAUGAAAAGGAAAAGUCAGAAGAAAAAGAAACAUUAUAUAAAAAUCAACAAGAUCUUUUAAGAGCUGCUACUAAAUAUAUAUUAGAAGAUUUAAAAGAUGCAUUGACUAUUGAUAUAAGAAAGAGAAUUAUUGGUCCGAGUGUCUUUGACACUUUGAAUCCUAUCAAUUUUCCAGACUUAGUAGCCAAGCGGAAACUUGAAGAGUCAAAAAAUGAAGCCCAAAAACAAAGUAAUAUUGCAAGUACAAAUGCAAAUAUGUUGAGUACUUCUCUACAAGAUAAUAUAAAUGUUAGUACUCCAGGACAGGAUAUGGAUAUUUUCAAGCUUUAUGGUGGAUACUUAAAACCAAAAGAUGUCCAUAAAAGACGUCUUUCUCAUCAUUUGCACAGUCAUUCUAAAAGAGCUAGAUUGCAGUUAGAACCUAUGGAACAUUUCUUAAACGACGAAUUUAAUUCCAGAGAGCCAACACCUACUACAUAUGCAACAGAAUCAUCAAUACAUGACUCUGAAGAAGAAGAAGAGGUAGAGGAAGUAGAAGAGGAAGAAGAUACUUCUUCUUCUCAGGAAGACGAUGAAGUUAUGGAGAAUGCAGAAGAUGAAGAUGAAGAUGAAGACUUUAAGUUACUCCAUAAUGAAUUUAUUGGUGAUAAAAAAGAGGGUAUUGAUGAAAUAGAAACGCUGGAAACAAUGCCUACAACGCCGGAGGAUGAAGUACAAUUAGAUGGCAAAUUAGAAAGAGAAAAACAAGAUUUAGAUAUAUACAAUCCUACAGAAACUGAUAAGCCAGUACCUGUUUAUGAAGAUAAUGUAUUUGAUAAAAGUCAAAUAACGGUAGAAACUCUUCAAGAAACCAUAAAGGAUGAAGAAGAUCUGAGGUUACUAAAGGAGGUAUUGGAAGAAUUUGGUGUUUAUCAAGCUGCAAAUGAUACUAAAAACAAAUUAAUUGAAUAUGAGUUAUGGAAAAUUAAGAAUUCUAUUAACAUAGAGGAAUUUAUAGAGGAAACACACUUUAAAUUAAAUGAAGGUAUUCCUUUUGACCAAUCGUUACUAUGGGAAGGGGAUUCUUUUAAGACCCAUGGAUUCUUUAAGGUUCCAGAUAGACUCAAAUCAUGUUAUUUGCCGCAUCGUCGUAGAAUACAUCAACCACUUAAUACUGUUAGUCAUAGCGCAAAUAUAGGGUAUGAAUCUUUAGAGGACGGUUCAAAUACACCAGUGCAAAGAGAGGAAUCUUUGAAACCUGAUUCUACAGAAAAUGCUAUCACAGGUCAGGAAAUUAUUUCUUCAAGAGAAAAUAGAGCAUCUAAUAGAAGGUUUCAACAGGAUAUUGAAGCACAGAAGGCUGCAAUUGGUACUGAAUCUGAAUUGUUGUCAUUAAAUCAAUUAAAUAAGCGUAGAAAACCUGUUACUUUUGCAAGAUCUGCUAUUCAUAAUUGGGGUUUAUAUGUGUUAGAGCCUAUUGCAGCAAAUGAAAUGAUCAUUGAGUAUGUUGGAGAAAGAAUAAGACAACCAGUAUCAGAGAUGCGUGAAAAAAGAUAUUUGAAAAGCGGUAUAGGCUCAAGUUACCUGUUCAGAGUAGAUGAGAAUAAUGUUAUUGAUGCGACAAAGAAGGGUGGCAUUGCUAGAUUUAUAAAUCAUUGUUGUGAACCCAGCUGUACUGCGAAGAUUAUUAAAGUGGGUGGUAAGAAACGUAUUGUCAUUUAUGCAUUAAGAGAUAUUGCUAAAAAUGAAGAGUUGACAUAUGAUUAUAAAUUUGAAAGAGAAAAGGAUGAUGAGGAAAGACUGCCAUGUUAUUGUGGCGCACCUAGCUGUAAAGGAUUUUUAAAUUAA